ACGGGAGCGAGAGCACUUUGUGCUGAUCCCGGCGAUGGCUGCAGCGGGGCCGGCGCAGCAGCUCCAGGUGGCGUUCGAGGACGUCGCUCUGUAUUUCACCCGGGAGGAGUGGGAGCUCUUAUCCCAGCCACAGAAACAGCUGUACCGGGACCAGAUGCUGAGGAAUUACUGGACUCUCGUUUCCCUGGGCUCUUCAGGUUCCAAACCAGACUUAAUCCACCGGAUCGAGCUAGGGGAGGCAGAACUCUGGAUCCAGGAUGCUGAGGGCUCCAGGGUAAACUCUGGGCCUGAGAGCCCCUCCUCAGCAGGGCACGGGGUCCUGGGAGGAACGAGGACACAGUCUGAAUGUGGGGAGAGUGCAGCAGGAACACAGGAUCCCGCACCCCACAGAGGGAUCCAUGCACAGAACACCGUCCAUCCCCAGGGUAAACUCAGCCAGAGACCAAACCAGAGACUCCCCAUGGGCCAGGGUCCCCAUCACUGCAUCGACUGCGACAAGAGGUUCAGGAACCCCUUCGCACUGACGCAGCACCGGCGCACGCACACCGGGGAGCGGCCGUACUGCUGCGCUGACUGUGGCAAGAGCUUUGCAAAGAACUCAGCCCUGAGAACACAUCAGCGCACACACACCGGGGAGCGGCCAUAUCGCUGCACACACUGUGGCAAGAGCUUUGCAGAGAGCUCAAAUCUGAGAAUACAUCAGCGCACGCACACCGGGGAGAGGCCGCACCACUGUGCUGACUGCGGCAAGGGCUUUGUACGGUUUGCACACCUGAAAAGACACCAGCGCACGCACACCGGGGAACAGCCGUACAGCUGCACUGACUGUGGCAAGGGCUUUGCCCAGAGCUCAAGCCUGAGAACACAUCAGUGCACACACACGGGGGAGCGGCCGUACUGCUGCAUUGACUGUGGCAAGGGCUUUGCAGAGAGCUCAACGCUGAGAAUACACCAGCGGGUGCACACCGGAGAGCGGCCGUAUCGCUGCACCGACUGCGGAAAGGGAUUUGCACAUAGCUCAACUCUGAGAAAACAUCAGCACAUGCACACCGGGGAGCGGCCAUAUUGCUGCAGUGACUGUGGCAAGAGCUUUGCAGAGAGCUCAAAACUGAGAAUACACCAGCGCACGCACACUGGGGAACGGCCGUAUUUCUGCAGUGAUUGUGGCAAGAGCUUUGCAGAGAGCUCAAAGCUGAGAAUACAUCAGCGCACACACACCGGGGAGCGGCCGUAUCGCUGUGCUGACUGUGGCAAGGGCUUUGCACGGUUUGCACACCUGCAAAGACACCAGCGCACGCACACUGGGGAAUUGCCAUACAACUGCACCGACUGCGGCAAGGGCUUUGCGCAGAGCUCAAGACUAAGAACACACCAGCGCACGCACACCGGGGAGCGGCCGUACUGCUGCACUGACUGCAGCAAGAGCUUUACCCAGAGCUCAGCCCUGAGAAUACACCAGCGCACGCACACAGGGGAGCGGCCGUACCACUGUGGCGAUUGCAAGAAAAGCUUCAGCAUUGCCAAUUCAGAAGAUCUUGCUUCACACCGGCGCACGCACACCGGGGAGCGGCCGUACUGCUGCGCUGACUGUGGCAAGAGCUUUGCAAAGAGCUCAGCCCUGAGAACACAUCAGCGCAGGCACAACGGGGAGCGGCCAUAUCGCUGCACACACUGUGGCAAGAGCUUUGCAGAGAGCUCAAAUCUGAGAAUACAUCAGCGCACGCACACAGGGGAGAGGCCGCACCACUGUGCUGACUGCGGAAAGGGCUUUGUACAGUUUGCACACCUGAAAAGACACCAGCGCACGCACACCGGGGAACAGCCGUACAGCUGCACUGACUGUGGCAAGGGCUUUGCCCAGAGCUCAAGUCUGAGAACACAUCAGUGCACACACACGGGGGAGCGGCCGUACUGCUGCACUGACUGUGGCAAGGGCUUUGCAGAGAGCUCAACGCUGAGAAUACACCAGCGUGUGCACACCGGGGAGCGGCCGUAUCGCUGCACCGACUGCGGAAAGGGAUUUGCACAUAACUCAACUCUGAGAAAACAUCAGCGCAUGCACACCGGGGAGCAGCCAUAUUGCUGCAGAGACUGUGGCAAGAGCUUUGCAGAGAGUUCAAAACUGAGAAUACACCAGCGCACGCACACUGGGGAACGGCCGUAUCGCUGCAGUGAUUGUGGCAAGAGCUUUGCAGAGAGCUCAAAGCUGAGAAUACAUCAGCGCACACACACCGGGGAGCGGCCGUAUCGCUGUGCUGACUGUGGCAAGGGCUUUGCACAGUUUGCACACCUGCAAAGACACCAGCGCACGCACACGGGGGAACAGCCGUACAACUGUACUGACUGCGGCAAGGGCUUUGCGCAGAGCUCAAGACUAAGAACACACCAGCGCACGCACACCGGGGAGCGGCCGCACUGCUGCACCGACUGCGGCAAGAGCUUUGCCCAGAGCUCAACCCUGAGAAUACACCAGCGCACGCACACCGGGGAGCGGCCGUACCACUGUGGCGAUUGCAAGAAAAGCUUCAGCAUUGCCAGUACGCUGACCAGACAUCAGCGCACACACACCGGGGAGCAGCUGUACCGCUGUGCCAACAGGUUCAGCAAUGCCAACAAGCUCACCCAGCUCCAGUGCAUGCACACCGGGGAGCAGCCGGAUCGCUGUGCCGACUGUGGCAAGGGCUUUGCACACAGCUCAAACCUCCUGAAACAUCAGCGCGCACACACCGAGGAACGGCCAUUCCAAUGCACUGUCUGCAGAAAAUCUGCACAGAGCUAAUACCUGAGAAUACACCAGUGCAUUCAUGGCGGGGAUCGGAUGUACAGGUGUGCUGACUGUGGCAAAUGCUUUGCUCACUUGGGCAACCUCACCUGGCACCAGUUGACUCACCAGUUUACUCGCCCUUCUGCCACCACCAGGGCCCGAGGGGCUUCUGGCAGCUGGCGGGCCUGGCACAGUGCCAGCAGAAUCAUACCAGGGAGUGGUCCUGUCCCCAUGAUGCCCAGCAGAGACUGUGAAGGGCAGGGAAUGGGACUUAACUGAGCAGUGUGGGGAAGAGGAGACAGGUGGGGGGAUUUUAGAGUAGAUGGUCACAGCCUGCUCCAUUAGGGACCCCUGCAUCUAGGUGGGGUCCAGCCAGGGGUCUCUCUGUCAAACUCCCCCCAACACAUAGAGCUGUGAGGCAGCCAGGACAAUCCCUCCCCACCCCCCAUCUAGAUGGGACUGAGUCAGGAACUUCCCCCCCACACCUACCUCGUUUUGAGCCGGGGUGACUCUUAGGUGACAUCUGGAGAUGGGAUUUGCAGUCCUGUCUCAGCAUGGAUUGGUCCGAGGGGCGGGACAGCCCGGUGCCUGUGAUUGAAAGAAGACUCAGGAACUGCUCAUGCCAUCAGUUUUUCUUCAUCACAUUUCUAUUAAAAUAAUGUACCUAAUGCGUAACAAAGGUCGGUCUAGCCAGGUGAUUCUUUGCUAUUAAAGAAGCUGAUGCAUUUGAAUGGUGUGUGGAGAAGCCAAUGUGAAGUGUAAAUCUUUAAAAUAAACCAGCCCAAAUGUA